AGUCUUUCUUUGGGUAGAAGUGGUCAGUCGAACAAAAACAGGCAGAUGGAAGCUUAUCAAAUAAAUAAAAAACAUUUAUUUAUUUUUACAGAUUUCGUAUCUUAAGGUCGAUUGUUUCUUUUUAAUAUCAAAUAUUUUUUAAAUUUAGGCAUUUCUUAACUGUCGAUGGCUGUACCACCGAGAGAUCUUUCACCGUUUUUGCGAUGGUUUCGUAACUUUCUUUUGGGAAGACCAUUCAAGAAUUCUUUGAGAUUUCAAGAUUUUGUUGCAACUAGGUCACCUCCCCCUCCAGCUCUACCUGAUGGACCAAGCCAUAAAUUAUCUGAAAAUUAUUAUUUUACCCGAGAUGGAAGGCGUGCUGUUAGGCCACCUGUUGUGCUUCUUGAAGACAGCAGGAAGUUAACUCUUACUGCUGGAGGCAAAAAAGACCCCGCAAUAAAAGAUAAAGAAGUAAAACAUAAACUGGGACAAAUUACUCCUGGUAAUCCAUAUGUUUGGCAACAAUCUGCAGAAAAUCCUCAACAGCAAAUGUAAAGAGUUGAUUGACAUGCAAUCGGUGAUUAGUUUUGUCUAAAGUUAUAUCUGUAAUUUAGCUAAAUAAAAUAAAUAUAUGUAUGCUUU